GGAUCUUGGCGGGGCGGCGCGGCGUGGCAGGAGCCGAGGGUUCGGGAUGACCCUGAAAAGAGACUCCUCUGCUUGUGGGAACUUAUAUUGCCGUUCUUGGGUUGAUUGGAGACUUACCUUCUGAAAGCGCCGAUCACGUGAUGUUAACCGGUUGACAGAUCUUUAGGACUGUUUCCUAUUGGAUACAUCUGAAUGGGAAACAGCAAAUCAUCGUUUUUGGGGAAGUCUGCAGCUACUCCUGUGAACCAGAUCCAAGAGACAAUUUCUAACAAUUGUGUGGUGAUUUUCUCAAAAACAUCCUGCUCUUACUGUUCAAUGGCCAAGAAGAUUUUCCAUGACAUGAAUGUCAACUACAAAGCUGUGGAGUUGGAUAUGCUGGAAUAUGGUAACCAGUUUCAAGAUGCGCUUCACAAGAUGACUGGUGAAAGAACUGUUCCCAGGAUAUUUGUCAAUGGAAGAUUUAUUGGAGGUGCAGCGGACACUCACAGGCUUCACAAAGAAGGGAAAUUGCUGCCUCUGGUUCAUCAGUGUUAUUUAAAAAAAAGCAAGAGGAAAGAUGUUGAAUGAUGUGGAUAGUCGCCAUACCAGUAAAUGCUAGUUAGUGCAGUCGUACCUUUGACUUGAGGCUGUUUUAGUGUGUGGAUUGCCUUCAUAAAGAUGAUUCAAAAUAAUGAACAAUAAAUUGCCCUGGACCCUUCAUCUCCCGACUGGACAAUUUUUUUUUUUUUUUUUUGGUUUUUCGAGAAAAGGUUUCUCUGUGUAGCCCUGGCU